CUGCUGUCACAUGAUGUCAUCAGUAUGCGCCAUGUCACCCAUGCUGCUAUCGGUUAGGUCAGAUACGGUCCGGUCUGUAUAAGGGAGCGUGCAUUACAGCCAUGGCAGUGAGCGUGUGCGCGCUAUUGCGGGGUACGCGCUGUGUCCGGACUUCACCCCUGUUAGCGUCCCGGUGUGUAGUUUCCGCUAUUAGCGGACAUUUGCCGCAACCCCUGGUCCCUCCACAGCCCCGGGCACUGCUUUCGUCUCGGCCCCCGGACACCUCCCUCUUUGUCCCCGUUCAGCUCCGCGCCUCAGACAUUCCCGAUACUGACAUUGGCGCCGAACUCACCCGUGUUCUGGAUAGAAGUGAAGUCCUGAAAGCCUUAAACAAGUUUUAUAAAAGGAAAGAAAUGCAGAAACUUGGAGCAGAUAACGGGCUUGAUGCGCGACUCUUCCAUCAAGCUUUCAUCAGCUUUAGAAAGUACAUCAUGGAAAUGGAGCCGCUGCAGGUUGACCUACACGUUAUCCUUAAUGACAUUUGCUGUGGGGUUGGACAUGUUGAUGAUCUUUACCCGUUUUUUAUGAGACACGCAAAACAGAUUUUCCCAAUGCUGGAGUGUAUGGAUGAUCUACGCAAAAUUAGUGACUUACGUUUGCCCCCUAAUUGGUAUCCUGAAGCCAGAGCCAUAGAACGCAAGAUCAUUUUCCACGCGGGGCCAACAAACAGCGGCAAAACGUAUCAUGCUAUCCAGAGGUAUCUAUCUGCCAAGUCCGGAUUAUACUGCGGCCCCCUUAAACUGCUGGCUCAUGAAAUCUACCAAAAGAGUAACGACACGGGUGUUCGUUGUGAUCUUAUAACAGGAGAAGAGCUGGUGUUUGUGGACCCAGAGGGUCGGCCUUCCAGCCACGCGGCUUGUACUAUUGAGAUGUGCAGCGUGACUACCCCUUAUGAGGUUGCUGUGAUUGACGAGAUCCAGAUGAUCCGAGAUCCAUCCAGAGGUUGGGCCUGGACAAGGGCACUUUUAGGGCUGUGUGCAGAGGAAAUUCACAUCUGUGGAGAGGCUGCUGCUAUUGACCUGGUGACCGAGCUGAUGUUCACCACCGGGGAGGAAGUAGAGGUGCGGCGCUACGAGAGGCUCACACCCAUUCAGAUUCUGGAUUCUGCUCUGGAGUCUUUGGAUAAUCUUCGUCCUGGGGACUGUAUAGUCUGUUUUAAUAAGAGCGACAUUUAUUCUGUGAGUCGGCAGGUUGAGGCACGUGGGUUACAAUGUGCUGUGAUCUAUGGCAGUUUGCCCCCAGGGACAAAACUUGCGCAGGCAAAAAAGUUCAACAACCCAGAAGAUCCUUGUAAAAUCCUGGUUGCAACUGAUGCCAUUGGGAUGGGGCUGAACCUGAGCAUAAAGAGAAUCAUUUUUAACUCUCUGAUGAAGCCGAACAUCAAUGAAAAGGGUGAACGAGAAGUCGAUACCAUUUCCACCUCUCAGGCGCUACAGAUUUCGGGUCGUGCUGGGCGCUUUAGCUCUAUGUUUAAGGAAGGAGAAGUUACCACUAUGUAUAAGGAUGACUUGGCACUGCUGAAGGACAUUCUGAACCGACCGGUCACUGCUAUAGAGACAGCCGGGUUGCAUCCAACUGCGGAGCAGAUAGAAAUGUUUGCAUAUCACCUUCCGGACGCCAAUCUGUCUAAUCUCAUCGAUAUAUUUGUCAGCCUCUCGCAGGUGGAUGGGCUGUACUUUGUGUGCAACAUCGAUGACUUUAAGUUUGUAGCGGAUAUGAUUCAGCACAUACCGCUGAGCUUACGGGCCAGAUACGUGUUCUGCACAGCCCCAAUCAACAAGAAGCAGCCAUUUGUCUGUACGUCUCUACUGAAGUUUGCCCGCCAGUUCAGCAGGAACGAGCCGCUGACCUUUGAUUGGAUUUGUCGACAUAUUAACUGGCCGGUCCAGUCUCCGAAGACAAUAAAGGAUUUAGUUCACUUAGAAUCUGUGCAUGAUAUUCUGGAUCUGUACCUUUGGUUAAGUUACCGCUUUAUGGAUAUGUUUCCAGAUGCUAAUUUGGUGCGGCAGAUCCAGAGGGAACUAGAUUCUAUUAUCCAAAUGGGAGUGUACAAUAUUACCAAGCUCAUCCGAGCGUCUGAACCCAACACCUCUCUUCCCAUAACAGAUAAUAUUGCACUUCACGAGGACUCUGACAGAGCAGGUGCAAGCAAGAGUAAUCACCAAGGGCCAAGGAGAAACCGAAGCGCCAGAUCAGCACAGGAUCCUCUCAAGGGCUCUCUUACAUCCAGAUUAGUUCAGCAGGGACUCCUCACACCACAAAUGCUUGAACAACUAGAGAGAGAAUGGCGGACACGUCAGAGUGAAAAUGGCGACUGGCCCAAUGGACUAUCACAUGAACCAAAUAUAUUAAAGGGCAAAAGACGAAAGAAAUAAUGUCCUGGAUGUACAUAAAUUCUUUUUAUUGGGUUAAAUAAAAUGUAGCCAGUUCAGGGAGA